AUUCACUCUCAUGUUGUUUUUUUAGUUUUUAGAAAUUUGUUUUCUUUUUUUCCUUUAACUAAAACAAAUGUUUGGCCUCACUAUACAUGUGGGAUCUUAGUUCCCAACCAGGGAUGGAACUCCUGUCCCCUGCAUUGGAAGCACCGAGUCUCAACCACUGGACCACCAGGGAUGUCCCAUUCAGUCUCAUUUUAGUGGAGUUUCAGGGGCAGACAUAAAUUUGCUAUGUUUAAGCAGAAAUUGGUCCAUUCAUUUUAAACCUGAGGGAAAUUAUGGCAGAAAGGGACAGGAUUCUUUUCUUAAAAAAACCAAAUCAUUGGAUUUAUUUUCACAAAUUUGAGCCUGACAUCUUAUUUCAUAAGUAGCAGCUGCUAUGGUUUCUGGCAGUCACAAAAAUAGGUGAAAAGGAAGACGAGGUUUCAAAGCAAAUGUUGAAUACAGUACUUAAGAGUAUGUUCGAAUCACGUUCUACUUUAAAAUGGGCAUUGGGGGAAUUCUUUGUGGACAAAGGCAGUGGUUCUCCUGUUGUCCUCCAGCUGUCGUGAUUCUUGGUGGCCCCUGACCAUCCAUGAUUAUCAUCAAAACUAUCCUUCUCCCAAAACUCUUUGUUCUUGCUUUUUCCCUUCUAAUUUUCCAAUUCCCCACAGUGGCUGCUGCUGGCAGUUUCAUUAGAGAGGUUCAGAUUCUUGCCCGAAGUCACAUGGUGGGUGAAUAACAGGGCUGGACAGGGUUAAUGACAAGCAACUCCCAACUUUCCCAUGGGUGAGGUCAGAGUCCUGGGGAGGCCCCCAGAGAGACCAUUUUUGGGGAGGAGGGAGUGACUCAGACAGAGCUUUGAAUGCCAGGGUUUGGUAAAAAUGGUCCAGGAUUCGGGUUUCAAGGAGAUCUGGCUUCAGGCAGCCUCACUUGAAGCAAGCCCCUGGCUCUGUGAGCCGCGGUUUCCACAUCUGUGGAAUGCAGGAGUGUGAGGAUCAGGGUGGGAGCCAGUUCCUGGAGGAGAUUUGAUACACGACAUGAAUUGCUGCUGGGCCCCUUUCCUCUACCUGUGCCUCUUGGCGUCUCAGAGAAGGUUGGCAGAGGCGUCCCAGGAGACCCUGUCCUGGAUGGAGAGAAUGGAGGUGGCAGCCAGGAGCAGGAGCAGCACAUCUUUUGCUGAGCUCAUUCAUGGCCUAGAGUUGAGGCUGCUCAAUGCCAGCUUCGGGGGCCACAACCUCACCUUGCAGACGCACAUCAUCCAGGCACUGGCCUUCAAGCUGAACUGCAACUUCUCUGGCCUCUCUCUGAGCAGUGCCGCUCUGGAGAAGGUCCCCCAGGCCCGGCCCCAGCAUGCCAUGCAGUUCCCGGCCGAGCUGACCCAGAAUGCCUGCAGGACCCGCUCUAGGGAUCUUCGUCUCAUCUGUAUCUACUUCUCCAGCACCCGCUUUUUCCAGAAAGACAUCAACUCAUCUCUGCUCAAUAACUAUGUUCUGGGGGCCCAGCUGAGCCAUGGAUACGUGAGCAACCUCAGUGAACCAGUGAACAUCAGCUUCUGGCACAACCAAAGCCUGGAAGGCUACACAGUGACCUGUGUCUUCUGGAAAGAGAGAGCCAGCAAGCACCACUGGGGGGCCUGGAGCCCUGAGGGCUGUCACACAGAGCAGCCCACACCUUCCCAGGUGCUCUGCCGCUGCAACCACCUCACCUACUUUGCUGUUCUUAUGCAACUCUCCCAGGCCCCUGUCCCCGCAGAAUUGCUGGCGCCUCUCACCUACAUCUCCCUGGUGGGUUGCAGCAUCUCCAUCGUGGCCUCGCUGCUCACUGUCUUGCUGCACCUCCAGGCCAGGUAUUCCCCUGCCCUCAUGCAGGGCAUCCUGCCCUCUGCUGCCCAGAAUGCCUCCUUCUUUUCUACUUGGCCCCGCGAGAGUCAGGUGGGCUUUCCCGGAAGGCAGAAGGCGGGUGGGGGUGGAGUGGAGGCAGGAGACCAGCCUCAUUGUGUGUGGCUGCUGUUGGGUCCCUGCCCGAGCCUCUUGACCCGUGUCCCGGUCAUUAUGUGUCUACGAGCCCAGGGGGCGGCGCUGCCUGGUGACAUCCAGGUCGCAGAAGGCCAUGCUCCCACCCGCAGGAAGCAGAGUGACUCCGUAACCCGCAUCCAUAUGAACCUGCAUGCCUCCGUGCUGCUCCUCAACAUCGCCUUCCUGCUGAGCCCUGUGCUGGCCACGCCCCCAGUGCCCGGGGCAGCAUGCGUGGUGCUGGCCGCCACCCUGCACUACGCGCUGCUCAGCUGCCUCACCUGGAUGGCCAUUGAAGGCUUCAACCUCUACCUCCUACUCGGGCGCGUCUACAACGUCUACAUCCGCCGAUACGUGCUCAAGCUCUGUGCCGUGGGCUGGGGGGUCCCGGCCUUCCUAGUGCUGUUCCUUCUUGCCGUCAAGAGCUCAGUUUACGGACCCUGCAAGAUCCAACUCUCCGAUAGCCACGGAAACAGCACGGGCUUCAAGACCACGUCCAUAUGCUGGGUGCAGAGCUCCUGGGUGCACAGUGUCCUGGUCAUGGGCUAUGGUGGCCUCACGUCCCUUUUCAACCUGGUGGUGCUGGCCUGGGCGCUGAGGGUCCUGAACAAACUGCGGGCACAGGAGAAGGCGCCAGGCACCCGGGCCUGCCGGGACACCGUCACCGUGCUGGGUCUCACCGUGCUGCUGGGUACCACCUGGGCCUUGGCCUUCUUCUCCUUCAGUGUCUUCCUGCUGCCGCAGCUCUUCCUCUUCACCAUCUUCAACUCGCUCUACGGUUUCUUCCUCUUCCUGUGGUUCUGCUCUCAGAGGUGCCGCUCAGAGGCAGAGGCCGAGGCAGAGAUGGAGGUGUUCACCUCCCAGAUGGUGCAGUAGUCUGGACUACCUGGACUUUCUGGCCCGGAGCUCCCAGCCUCUCUGGCUGCCUGCAGAAGAGAAGAUGGCAGCCCAGCUGCUGGAGGCCAGAGGCCACUGUUGCCUCUUGGGGGCCUUUUCCACCUCCAUGACUUCCCCAGGCCCGGGGGCAGGAUGUUGCUCUACCUCCUCUGGCAAUCUGCUCCGAGGCAAGUCAACCCCACCUGGGGGCAGCCAACUCGCCCCUGGUGCCUCGGCCCAGCUGGCCAGGCCUGUGACCAGAGCACUGGUCACGGAGUCAAAAGGUCAUGUUUCAGCGCCUGGCUCUGAGUCUCACUGUCUGACCUUGGACCUGUCAUUUCUCACUGACCCUCAGUUUCCACAUCUGUGACCUGGGGACAGAUGGCUCUGGUCUUGCCCUGUCCCAGAGUUCUAUGAAGAUUAAAUGAGACCAGGGAGGAAGAGGUCAUAGUGGGGUGGGGCAGCUGGCCUAGGGCAGCUGGGGGCAGGGUCUUGACCAGCCUGUCCUGGAAAGGCCUGCUGGGCCCUGCUUCCUUCCUUGAGGAGAGGGUCAUCCCAGGCCGAAGUCCCCAGCCCAGUGCUUAGAGACCCACCUCGUGUUUGAGACCUCAUCAGCCUGUGUCCGAAGUUUCUUUUCCUUUUGCUCCCAGAUUAUGUGGACUAACUCCAAGCCCACCUUUCCCGAAGAUCAGAAAAUCCUGUCCUUCCCAGAGGCUCCUCCUCCAGUGCUCCCCAGGCCCCUAUAGGACAUUUAGACUAGUGACUGGGGCCAUAGGACUUCCUGGAGGUGGGAGGGGAGUGCCUCAUUCCCCUCCAUCUGAGCUCCAGUGGCCAGGCAUUUUGAUGACUGGGCAGGUUUGAAUUUCCCCUGGUAGGUGUGAGGAUGUGUGUUCUAAAUCUCACAUUUGUUGGUAUAUACUCUUGGAGCUGGGAGGCGCCUACAGUGUUAUAAAUUGGUAUAAAUUAUGCAAGCCUUUUGUCAUGCUGCACAUUCUUGUUUUCUUCUUACUUGCUAUGUUAGCUGUUACUGUUGUAGAGAAUCACCAUUGCCCUUGACCUGUCCUGAUAGACGGAGUGGGAGACCACUCAGGAAGCCAGCGCAUUUCCCAGACUUUCCACCAGGGGGCGAUGUUGGUCCACAUCAGAAGCCGUGGGGUCCAAAACCAAUGGAGAUGCUGUGGUCACCUGUCUGUGGAGAUGACACACCAGAUGGAGAGGCCCUGCCUCCAGGACUGUGCGUGCUGAGUGACCAGCAGGAGGAAUGCCAGUCCUGCCUACAUAGCCAUUUCUCUUUCCCAACACAGCUGCCCGCUCUGGCUCUUGGUGUCUCGUGCUCUGGGCGUAUCUGGCACUGGAGCUGUGGGCUGGGACAGGUUCUCAGAGACUGGCUCCGGGCCAUCAGACAGAUUUUGGUGGCUUUGAACAUCACAGGGCGGGAACUGGAGCCAGAUCCCUUUUCUCCCAGGGGGACCCUCUGCCCUCUGUUCAUUUCUUACACGAAUAGCCUUUCAUUCGGUGGUGAAUGGUUCAAUUCCAGAGCUAGAUGGCCUGGGAUCAAAUGCCAGCCCUGCCACUUGUCAGCUGUGUGACCAUGGACAAACCAUUCCACCUGUCUGUGCCUGAGUUUUCCCAUCUGUAAGACAGGGGUAAUAGUAAUACCUAUUUAGAAGGUUAAAUAAAAUAACCCAUAUAAAGAGGCUUCAGUUCA